CCGCAGAGCUACAUGAGGAAAGACUUGUGUUGCAUUACGGAAGGAUGACACAGGAAACCCUGCCCCAGUUUUUUCUCUCUUCCUUGCAGGGGCAGAAGAACUGAAAAAAACAGUCUUUCCUCACACUUACCAAGGAAGACAGGGAGAAUGGGCGCCCCUGGCUCGCCCUGGUCACUCAGGAGCCCUGGGUCCCGCAACCUGGAGACCUGCGCUUGCCUGGCUCUGGGCCCCGCCGGCCGUCUGUGGGCGCAGCUGCGGCAGCUCUGCGCCGAUCACUUCUCGCGGCGCUUCUCGCCCCGGCGGCCGCCUUUGCGCCGCUUCUCCUCCAUGUCCACCUUCUACCUGCUGGACCACCGAACGCGCCAGGCCGAGCUGGGCCUGGACUACGGCGCGCCGCGCAUGCGCCUCGGCGAGGCGGCUUUGGUGUUUCAAAGCGGCCAGUGGACGGCGGAGGGCCUGCAGGCGCGGGCACGGCUGUCUCCGCCAACCAGCCCGGCACGGAGGACACGGGGCCCGCGGGUCCAGAGUCAAGCACUUCAGGAGGAGAACAACUACCUGAAGCUGCAGCAGGAACUGCUUAUGGACAUGCUGGUCGAGACCACGGCGCGCGCCCACCUGCUUGAGAAGCAGCUAGAGCCUGCGGCGCGCGCCUGGCGAAGAAAAGUGCGCAUGUGCGAAGGCGCGCGCGGCCUCCAAUGCGAGUCGCGUGCGCUGGGCUCGAGGUAACGCAAUAAAGCCCUGCCGCGCACGCGCACGCGUACAUCGCCCUCUUCCAUUCCCCAUAGGCUGGUGGGGACCCCAGACCGGUCCCCACCGGGGUCAAGUUCUCCAGGCCCGCCCAGGGCCUGGGCGGAGGGUAGGCGUGGCAUUCCUGGCCAAGCCAGGGCGAAGUCAAGAGUGCUCCGGAACGGAGGAGGGAAGGUCAGGGGCGCUAGGGAGUGAGGUGGGCAGGACCCGGCUGGAGACUUUCCCGCUUGGUUGUCUGGGCCUACAGGCUCCGGAGAAUUAGAGCCAAGCUGACUGAAGCCUUUUCGAAAUCUUGGGGUCCUCACUAGGCGAGGUGGCACACGCCUCUAAUCUCAGCAGUCCGGGAGGCUGAGGCAAGGGGGAUCACAAGUUCCUAUCACCCUGGACAGGUUAGUGGUUGAGUCACGUGGUGUGGACACCUGAAAUCCCAGCACUCUGGUAGGCUGAGGCAGGAGAAUCCCCACUACCUCUAGGCCAGCUUGAAUUUUAAGCUGUCAAGACACCUCCCCCUAUAGUUAUUUUAAGGAAGACGGUCAUAGGGAUGUACCUUAGUGGUAGAGCCCUCGGUUACAUGAGCAAGAUCCUUGGUUCAAUCCCUAGCGCCAGAAAACACAAAAUGCAAGACUCCCGGCUGAAGGGGAAAGAAGGCGGGAAGUCUCCCAUAACCAGCCACUUUUCCCCUGGGCUGCGGCUCGGCAGCUUGGGCAGCCAGAGUGGUAUCAUGAGCUCCUCUGGGUCUGCCCCAUUUCCUGAGGGUUGCAUGAAGGCUGUGAAGGACGUGGCGUUCUCCAGGGUGACUCGCUUUGGGAGGAAACUAGGGAUUCCUAAACCACUCUGUCAAGCCCAAAUGACAAAGUGUGUUAAUUAAAUCAACACAACAAAAUGUCAGAUGUUGGGAGCCGCAGCCCCGAGCCCGGUCGCCUCACUUGGCGGACGUGAGGCCUGUAGUAAAGAGUAAAGCCUGAGGUAGAUUACCCCUCCCAUCGAGCACGUUAGUUUCCUGCUUACCGCGUAAGCAACCCGCUCAACAAUAUAGUCUGCCUGGCAACUGAUGAUGUUAGCCAAUCAGCUUGCCUUGCUUACUUUAACAUGAUUGUAUCCGUAUAUAUACUGGUGCCACCCCUGGGGGGGAAGAAGAAGCCCGGAAGUAGAAGCCCAGAAGGAGCUGCGGGGAGCGGACCAGAGGAGGCUUCGGCUGGGAGCGAUCCCAGGGCAGGCUGUACGGAGAAGGAAAAUAAAAGAAAAGGUUGUCCACUGCCAGACUUUGUCGUGUGUCCUUCCUGCCGGCCGGGAGCGGACAUCGACAUUUGGAGGCCCGCCCGGGGACUGAUCACCCCCGAGACGUGACAGCGGACAACGCUCCAGUACAGAGCUGCGAGACAGGUGAGUUGGGGAUAAGCCUGGGCUCUGGGUGGCGCGCACCUACAGGGCUUUUAGACUCCCCUCAGGCUCACGCGUAAGUGGCGGAUUCCUUGGGCCUCACGCGGUGAGUAACAUAUUAAAAGAUGGGAAACAUGCUAGGUAGCAACACUAAGAGCGAGGGUGGUUGUGGAGAAAGCUCUCAAGAGCUUACAAAAGUACGCAGGGUAUUUGAGCAGGCCCAGUCAGGGAGCUCCCGAGAGGGGCCCGUCAAGGGGAACAAAGAUGCUAAGGAGAAGGACGGGGCUCUAGCCUCGGAGUCGUCUGACUCCGAGGACGAGGGAAAGUUGAAUGGCAAGGAGGCCAAAGAGACCAGCUGUCAGGAGCCCAAGUCGCUCGAUAAGGAGUCACAGGGUUCUUUUCCAGCGUUGCGCCGCGAAUUGCGCUCUGCUCAACCUGGUCUGCGGAGGAGUAGAGAGCUCCUGAGCGCUCCCCGGUGCGAGAGGGAGGCGAUCCCUCGCCACGAGGCGGCCGCCUGGGAGCUCCCUCCCCUUUCGCCAGAACAGGAAGUGAUGCACGGGCCCCCAUUUUCCGCCCAAUCACGGCCGCCGUCUUAUGCUCCGCCGCCGGCGGGUCGGUAUUUUUACAGGCGGCUUUGGCAGGGGGGACGCUUGUCUCAUGAGGUACAUCCACCUGGGAUAGAUAGUGGCCCCUACGGGAUAUUUCCUGUACAAGUAGCUAUGGGCCAGGGACGCAAUGCAUGGGAGCCUUUUGAGAUAAAGCAGAUUAGAGAACUUAAAAAUGCAGUUACAACCUUUGGGCCGACUGCGCCUUACACCAUUGCCAUGCUGGAGAAUCUGUCUUCUGGGCCCCUCACCCCCGCGGACUGGAUUCAGCUGGCAAAGGCGUGUCUGCCCUCGGGUAGUUACCUGGAUUGGCGAGCCUGGUACACAGAGUUCUCUGCAGAGCAGGCUGAGAGAAACGCCAAUCGGGGAAACCGGGGGUGGAACAAGGAAAUGCUUAUGGGAGAAGGUCGGCACGCUGAUGAUCAGACUCAGUUCCCCGGCGCUGUCUAUGAACAAAUCAAUGCCAUAGGGCUCCGCGCCUGGAAGCAGGUAAGUGGUGCCGGAACAGCCUCCUUGUGUCUUUCAAAAAUAAUUCAGGGUACCACAGAGCCAUUUGUUGACUUUGUGGCCCGAAUGCAAGAUGCUGCCGAUAAGAUAUUUUCUGAUCCGGGAGUGGCUCGACCGCUGGUAAGGCAGCUGAUUUUUGAGCAAUGUACAAAGGAGUGCAAGGCAGCGAUAGCUCCUCAUAAGAACAAGGACCUCAACGCCUGGAUUAGGAUAUGCAGAGAGAUAGGGGGGCCGCUCUCCAACUCGGGAGUGGCUGCUCUUCUGGCCGCGGCUGUACAGCAGAGGGGACCUCGAGGGUUAGAAGGGGAAUGUAAGGCUAAAGGGUGUUUUGCCUGCGGGGAGCCAGGACACAUUAAACGUCAUUGCCCAAACAAUGCAGAUGCUAGGCCUCGCCCUAGGAAUGAAGAACCAUAUGUUUGUGGGCGAUGCAAGAGGGGAUCACACAAAGCUGAGGAGUGUAGGUCGGUCUUUGACGCUCAGGGCAACCGUAUUUGUGGACGAGAUGCUAGAGGGCCAAAAAACGGCCAGAGGGGGCCCCCUUCACAGGCGGGCCCCCGCCCCAGAGACAGGACAGCUCAGGAUGGCAGCCUUCAACAAGGGCCACCCCUGGGUCAGCAGGUGUGGACCUCAGUGUCGCCUCCAGACUUAUACAGAAGGUCACCAUUAGGACGGAUGGCGUUAGGACCCUAAAUGACAUGCAAAAACUAUUGGGAGACAUUAAUUGGAUUAGGCCAUAUUUACAUAUACCAAAUUCAGAUCUCAAACCCCUGUUCGACCUUCUGAAGGGAGACCCAGAUAUAGCCUCCCACAGGAGGCUCACUCCUGAGGCAAGAGCUGCCUUACAGAGAGUGGAAAAAGCCUUAGGUGGGGCUACCUUACACAGAAUUGAACCAGGGCGACCCUUUGAUGUCUGUUUGCUACAGACUAGUCUACAGCCCACAGCGGUGAUUUGGCAGAAAGUACCAUUACUGUGGAUACACCCUAAGGUCUCACCUACAAAAGUCAUAGAGCAUUACCCGGAGGCAGUCGCUUCAUUGGCCCUUGAAGCGCAUGAUAGAGCUGUCCAACAUUUUGGCUCAGGACUACAAGCCAUCCGAGUACCCUAUACCGCCAGCCAGAUCAAGACCCUGGCUGCCUGCAUAGAUACUUGGGCCAUUCUGAGAUGUGUUUUCCAUGGGGAUAUAAACAAUCAAUACCCUAAAGACCCUAUCUUGUCAUUUGUCACUCAGCACCCUAUAAUUUUUCCAAAGGUUACUGCCUCUGAGCCAUUAGUCCCAGCAACUACAAUAUACACAGAUGGCUCCAAGACGGGGAUAGGCGCCUAUGUGAUCCUAGGCAAGCCCCCGGUUACCAUACAAUUUGAACCUGAUCAGCCUCAGGUGGUGGAACUGCAGAUCGUUAAAAUGAUUCUUGAACGGUUCUCAGAAGCCAUUAAUAUUGUCUCCGAUUCUAGGUAUAUGGUCAAUGCUAUGCAAGUGCUUGAGACUGCCGGUUUAAUUAGAUCCACUUCCACAGUGGCUGGGCUGUUCCUGUCUAUCCAGACAUUGCUUCAGAACAGACACCAUAAGGUCUUCACCACCCACAUAAGAGCACAUACAUCCCUGCCAGGGCCCAUGGCACAGGGGAAUGCGGCUGCUGAUACUGCCACUCGCCCGUUAUGGAUUUUUACCUUACUAACACCAAUCGAGCGAGCCCGUGCCUUCCAUGAUAAGUUUCAUGUCAAUGCCAGGACACUAGCAAACCAUUUCCAUGUUUCCAGAGCAGAUGCACGAGAUAUCGUGCGACUAUGUGACUCCUGUGCCACAUACAAACCUGCCAUACCGAUGGGAGUAAACCCUCGAGGUUUGAUCCCUGGUGAUGUUUGGCAGAUGGACAUCACACAUAUACAGGAGUUUGGGACUCUUAAAUAUGUUCAUGUUUCCACAGACACCUGUUCUCAUGUCAUAUUCGCAACAGCAGAAACAGGUGAAAAAGUGUCUAAUGUGAUCAAUCAUUGCCUGGCGGCUUGGGCCGCAUGGGGCAAACCAAAAAUAUUAAAAACUGAUAAUGGACCAGCCUAUAUAGGCAAAGCCUUCAAUGAGUUCUGCAAAAUGAUGGAGGUUCAAUUAAAACAUGGUAUCCCAUACAAUCCCCAAGGUCAAGGAAUCAUUGAGAGGGCUCAUAGAAGCCUCAAAGAAAUUUUACAAAAACAAAAAGGGGGAGUAGGCCAAGGCCUGGCCCCAAAGGCACGAUUAUCCAUGGCACUAUUCACACACAAUUUUUUAAAUUUAAAUAAUGAUAAUUGCUCCCCAGCCGUGGAGCACUGCAACCCUUCCCCCAACCAUAAAGGGUGGGUGAAGUGGAAAGAUGUCCUGACAGGACAAUGGAUGGGCCCGGAUCCAGUGGUCAGCUGGAACCGAGGCGCGGUUUGUGUUUUCCCACAGGAAUCGGGACGAGAACCACUGUGGGUACCGGAGAGACUGACACAGGCGACAAAGCCCUCGACUGAAGAUCAGACCUGCCCUACCGGAGAUCCAUCACAGACCAACCAACAAGAUGAAUAGAAAUAGCGAUAGCCCAAAAUAGACAAGAAGAUCCUCAGGCAUAUGCAUGGCUCGCUCGCCUAGCCUACGACCGAGUCUAGGGACGGUGAGCUUCCCACACUCCUCCUCUAAAAAAUUAUGACAUAGCUGGGUAGGAGAGUCAAUGACGGGUAAGAGCGUACUCCCCCGGUGCGACUCAACCUAAGCCAGGCCCUACCCCAUCCUGCACGUAAGCCGCUGGACUGUUAGACGCUGCCCAGGUCUAAAUUUCUCUCCGAGGGGAUUUCUUUACGGAGAGGAAAUGAGUGCAAGCUUGUGUGCAUCCAGGUUCCGUCCAGUUUGUGCCUGGCCCUAGAAAAAGGACGAGGGCCUCAGGGCCUUGGCAGACCAUGGGACGGCCGACCAGGGUCUAAGCCAAGGACCUACGGUGGGCCUACGCAUAGGGCAUAAGCCUCUGCACCCAGUCCAGGAAGGGCUACGAUGCGCACAUUUAUAAAAAAAAAAUAAGAAAGGGGGAGAUGUUGGGAGCCGCAGCCUCGAGCCCGGUCGCCUCACUUGGCGGACGUGAGGCCUGUAGUAAAGAGUAAAGCCUGAGGUAGAUUACCCCUCCCAUCGAGCACGUUAGUUUCCUGCUUACCGCGUAAGCAACCCGCUCAACAAUAUAGUCUGCCUGGCAACUGAUGAUGUUAGCCAAUCAGCUUGCCUUGCUUACUUUAACAUGAUUGGACACUGUAUCCGUAUAUAUACUGGUGCCACCCCUGGGGGGGAAGAAGAAGCCCGGAAGUAGAAGCCCAGAAGGAGCCGCGGGGAGCGGACCAGAGGAGGCUUCGGCUGGGAGCGAUCCCAGGGCAGGCUGUACGGAGAAGAAAAAUAAAAGAAAAGGUUGUCCACUGCCAGACUUUGUCGUGUGUCCUUCCUGCCGGCCGGGAGCGGACAUCGACAGUCAGACACAAUUCUUUUCGAACAGUGCUCUUUGUAUUUUAAUAAUUCGUAUUUCUGUUAAGGUGGAUUAAGUACUUAAAAUAUUUGAUAGUUGUGAAAUAAAACUUCCCUUGAAAACAA